AUGGACCUGCCGCGCGCGAACUUCGCGGACCGGCUCGACGCGUACGCCGGCGGCGGCGGCCCCGCGGCGCCGGCGCCGCAGGUGCCGCUCGUCGACGACGGCGCGGCGUUCCGCGGCUACGCGCGCCCCGGCGGCGGCGUCGGCACGCGGAACUGCCUCGCGGUCGUGCCCGUCUCCGCGGGCCUCGGCCCGCUCGCGCGGCGCGCGUGCGCGGCGCUCGCCGGCGACGUCGCGGGCCUCGCGAACGUCGACGGCGUCGUCGCGCUCGCGCACACGGAGGGCUCCGGGGGCAGCGGCGCCGCGGCGGCGCGCGGCGACGACGCGCGGCUCCUGCGGACGCUCGCGGGCUUCGCGUCGCACCCCAACGUCUUCGGCGUCGUCGUGCUCGGGACGCCGCUCUCUUCCCCGUUCUCCGCGGCGGCCGUGCUCGCCGCGGCGCCGCGGCCCGCGCCGCGGGCCCUCGCCUACGUCGUCGACGGCGACGCGGAGCGCGCCGUCGCGGACGUCGCCGCCGCGCUCCGGUCCUGGCUCCCCGCGGCGCAGGCCUGCGCGCGCUCGGUCCAGCCGGCGGCGACGUUGGCGGUCGCGCUCCAGUGCGGCGGCUCCGACGCGUUCUCCGGCGUGAGCGGGAACCCGUGCGUCGGCGACGCCGCGCGGCGCGUCGUCGAGCGCGGCGGCCGGUGCCUGCUCGCGGAGACGGACGAGCUCAUGGGCGCGGAGGCCUACGUGCUCGCGCGCGUCCGCGACGGCGCCGUCCGCGACGCGUUCCUCGCGCUCGUCGACCGCUACCGCCGCUACCUCGCCGCGCACGGGCAGACGGCGGAGGCGAACCCGUCGGGCGGGAACAAGCAGCGCGGCCUCUACAACAUCGCGCUCAAGUCGCUCGGCGCGGCGAAGAAGAAGCACGCGUCGCUGCGCCUCGAGGGCUGCGUCGAGUACGGCGCGCCCCUGCCCGCGCCGCGCGGCUACUACUUCAUGGACUCGCCGGGCAACGACCUCGAGUCCGUCGCGGGCCAGGUCGCGGCGGGCUGCACGGUGAUCCACUUCGUCACGGGCAACGGGUCCGUCACGAACUUCCCCUUCGCGCCGACGGUCAAGGUCGUGACGACGACGGCGCGCUACGCGCUGCUCGCCGGCGACAUGGACUUUGACGCGGGCCGCUACCAGGCCGGCGCGCCCAUGGCCGCGCUGGGCCGCGAGCUCUUCGAACUGACGCUCCGUGUCGCGUCGGGCGCGCGGACGCGCGGCGAGGCCGCGGGC